AUGACUUCAAACAUCGAUCUCAACAACAUCCAAGGGGACAUCCUAUCUGGACUUCCCAAGAAAGCCGAGACUUUCUACUUCUUCGAGAUUGACAAAAACCAUGUUGAUGCGUUCCGUGCUCAGCUGGCCAACGUCGUGCCUUUAAUCGCCUCCGACAAGAGUGUCUCGUCUGGUCGGGAACAGAUUGUGGCGCACAAGAAGAGUCACUCAGGCCUUUUGUCUCUCGCUUUCGCAAAUAUUGCUUUCUCCUCAAAAGGUCUCAACAAGAUCGGAAUCGAUGCAGCAGGAGCCAAGGACACCGGCUUCACUUCCGGCAUGUUGCCAGAUGCGAAAGAACUCGGUGACGCUGGGACAUCAGCCGAUGGAAAGCCUUUCGAUCCUAAGUGGGUUCCUGAAUUUAAAAAGGGGUCCAUCGACGGCGUCAUCGUCGUUGCGGGAGAUUGCGAGCGAAGCGUAAACAAGAAGCUAGAUGAGGUCCUCGGUGCCUUGAAGAAUACAGUCAACAAAGUGAUCAAUAUCCCCGGGCACGUCCGCCCCGGUAAAGAAGACGGUCAUGAACACUUCGGGUUCUUGGACGGUAUCUCCAACCCGGCUGUGGCUGGUGUCAACAAGGACCUAUCGGGCCAGGGACCGGUUCAACCUGGUGUCAUCCUGCUCGGCCGCGAUGGCGAUCCUGUCACGGACCGACAAGGCUGGACCAAAGACGGGAGCUUUCUAGCCUUCCGCUUCCUGCAGCAGCUUGUGCCUGAGUUUGACAGGUUCCUGGAACUCAACGCGCCUCGGGUCAACGAUCCUGCCGUGAACACUGCUGAGCUUCUCGGUGCUCGCCUCACCGGCCGCUGGAAGUCUGGCGCGCCCACUCAGGUCACACCUCUUCAUGACGACCCGAAGCUAGCGGCAGACCCGACCAGGAAUAAUGUGUUCACAUUCGACAAUGGUAACCAGGAGAAAUGCCCCUUCGCAGCCCACGUCCGAAAGAUGAACCCGCGUGGUGACAUCGACCAGGUCAAUGGGAUCAACCCGCAUCGUGUCAUCCGCCGGGGUAUCCAGUAUGGGCCUGAGGUCAAUGACAGAGAGAGGAAGCAACACAAGACAGAGAAGGACAGGGGAUUGUUGUUUGUCAGCUACCAGAGCAGCCUCGAAAAUGGAUUCCAGUUUCUGCAGAAGCGCUGGGCCAAUGCGACCAACUUCCCACCGGAUGCACCCCCGAACCAACUCCCCGGCUUCGACCCUCUCAUUGGACAGGUCGAUAACACGGUCCACAACGAAGGCCAAAGGUCAAUGACUGGGUCAAACCCGCAAAACGUUGCGGCGACCCUGGACCUAGGCUUCCAGGUUUGGGUAGUUCCGAAGGGUGGCGAGUAUUUCUUCUCGCCUUCGAUCUCUGUCCUCCGGGAUACCUUUGCAAAGAAUGCAAAUGGCGUGAAUGGGAUUCACGUGAAUGAGAAGGGCGUGAAUGAGCUGUAA